AUGGAGUUGGACAAUCUACCCCCUUAUCAUGAGUCCAGAGAGACUGAUUCAAAUUCAGCACAAGAAGAAUUUAAUAAUCAAGAUCAACUUCAAGAAGGUAGAAUUUUAGAAAUUCCUGAAACAGUGGAUUAUAUAAAGUUGAUGAGUGAAGAUAUUAUUUAUGAUAAACUUGUUACCAAUAAUGCAAAAAAAUUAAUGAUGGUUUUAAGAUUGAAAUCCAAUAGAAAACCGGUUCGUAAACCACUAAGAUAUUUUCAGUUUAUUAAAAAACAUCCUUUUGCUUUUAUCUUUUUUAUAUUUGGCUGUUGUGCUUUUCUAGGAUCAAUUAUUGUUAACGAUGUUAUGAUUAAAAAAACUGAUGAAGAAAUGAAAAAGUUCAAAGCUCAAAGACAAAUUUAUCAUAACUCAAGUACUAUUAUACAAGCAAGACAUGAUGGGACUAAAGAAACAGGAACUUGA